AUGCUGUCUUCGAAUGCAACAGCUGAGACUAACAAGAACUCUGAAAGAGAGCAGGAUGUAGUAAUAUACGAAAGAGAAUCGAAUAAUAAUAUAACUGGACGGUUGAGCUUCGCGGUAGACCAGAAAUUGAUCAAAGGGUUUACGCCAGCGUAUUUUGGGGCCGUGAUGGGAACUGGGGUUUCGAGCUGUGUUUUGUACAAAUUUCCAUACCCAUCAAGAUGGCUUGAGAUAUGUGGGUGUAUUAUGUUUGGGAUUGGGGUGGCAUUUUUGCUUGUGACAAUUGUAUGCUUCGUUGCGUCCAUAUUGCGAUAUCCAAAAAAAUUCGCAGCCUAUAACAGUGAUCCCACCAUUGCACCUUUUAUGGGAGGCUUGCCCAUGGGAGUCAACACUUUAAUAAAUUUCCUUUAUUACUUGACAGGUGAUAAGUGGAUCAUGGGAAUAUGGGUAUUAUGGUGGAUAUCAGUGGCGUUAUCAUUAUACACAGGGUGUAUUGUAUUCUAUAGUGCAUUUCUUGCAAAAAAAAAGCCAAGUUCCAAUUACUUGAAUCCGAAAGACAUCCAUGCGGCUUUACUUAUGCCUAGUGUCGCCUUUACUGUUUCCGCCUCUACGGCCAAUUUAUUGGUCGCAGACUUGCCUUCUCUUGACCUUCAAAUUACUACUAUGGUCGUAAGCUAUGUCUUGUGGUCCAACGGUGUUAUUUUAACAUUCAUAAUCUUGUCCAUCUACUAUUGGAAAUUAUUCGUUCACAAGAUACCUGCUACUAACCUUGUCUUUACUAGUUUUUUACCCUCUGGUGCUGUUGGCCAAGGUGCCUUCUGUAUUAAUUUAUUUGGUAAUAACCUAUAUGACUUGAUGAUAAAGCAUCACCACAGUAUUUUUUCGUCUCAUUAUUUGCAUUUCCCAGUGGAACUUGACCUCUCUUCAGUGGACACAUUAGGAGUAGGGAUUUCUGUGGGUCAAGUGGUAUUAAUAGCUACUGCAAUGAUAAGUUUGGCUCUUAUCUCGUUUGGAUAUUUCAGCACUUAUAUCGCUGUCGUCUCAAGCAUUUCAAAAAUAUAUCCUUUCACCAAGAAAUACAAUCUUGAUUUUGCUUACAACCCAUCGACUAUGAACCCUUUCAAAAGAAUGUUUACAGGUUUUAUUGCUUUCAAUAAAUCUUACUGGGCAAUGACUUUCCCAUUUGGCACAAUGACUAUAUGUUGUAACGAAUUAUCGAAAACAUUUGGUGGGUUGAAAGCAUUUAAAGUAAUAGCUACCAUUUAUGCAGUCGCAUUGCUAAUUGUCACUAUUGGUUGUUUAUGUGGAGUGGUUUAUAGGAUCCUAUAUCUUGCAAAAUAUGCCAUUUAUAGCACCAACUACGAAAAAAUUUAA